AGUCACCAAAGCACCGUGUUCCUGCAGGAUGGAUGUGCCAGCCUAUCAAGGCCAUGGGUCGGUGUCUACGAAGCAUUCAGAUCUUGUCCCAUGGAAGGAUGUGCAAAAUGCCUUGUCUCUGCCAGGGAUCUGUCUAAUGGCAAAGGGAGAGAGGAAGAGAAGGAGCCACCUCUGAAUGUGGCGGUGGUGCCCCCUUCGCCAUGCAACCCCGGGUGCCUGGAAGCGCGCUCCUCUCGGCGGUGGGUUUGCAGCAUGUUCACCUGAAACACCCACAUAGCGUGGUGCGGGACCGCAGUUCAGACCUCUCGGCUCAGCCCAAACCGCGGACCCGAGUCCAAGUUGAGGGCCGAUGGUGCAGACUGCAUUCCCAGCCCUGAGGACUUCAGGUGAAUCCCACCAAGGGUGGAGUUGCCCAAGUUGGUGGAAUUGGCCUUUACAGCAGAGGCUCCCCACUCUGCUUUGCCCUGGCCACGCGGUCCGCGGUGGGCCUGCUCUCUGUCACUCGCCACCUCUGGCACCGGGGAUUCAGCCCGCUUAGCAAGUGUUACGCACACGCCGAGACUUCUCCACCUUAGCAAAAGCAAGAGGAGCUUCUAGAGCACGUCACUCCGGUGUGUCAUUGCUGUUGUGCUUGCCACGCAGACAGCAACCCACGUCCUUACACUCACACCACUCGUGAUCGCCAAACGUCCCUCCCACCGUUCGUUUCAUCAGUGUUUUUGCAGCACGUUUGCAAAUGCUGAAAACCGACUCAGACCAGAACCGCAACAACCGGCCGAUCCAAGAAUGAAUCCGGCCGCCGUUGGACUCGAUGGCAGUUUGGGAGCGAGAUUGGGCCCUUCCGGAUCGUUUCUGAUGCUCAAUAUUUGUCAGGGAACCAAACUGAAUUAUUAAUAUGGAGAACUGAGAUAGCGUUAACGACUCUCGCUUUAUAACAGUUCCCCAUUAAUAGCGAAAAUUGCAAAUUUAUCACUCGAUCUGUUCAUUAAAACUCGCUUUUUCCCCCCCUUUUUGGUUUCUUUUAAUGAAAGCGGAGAAAUAAGAGAAUGGGAAAAGCCAUUUGGUUGUUAUUUCUUCAGAUGGAUCCAGCCUGUUGUUUUUAAUGAAGUCUUUACUCUUGUACGUAUAAGCAUGAGGGUCUUAUCAUGAAAGCGGCAUCUCAACCAUGUCCGUAGCAGCACUCAGCCGUGUAACAAAUACUUAGCAAUACUUCCUGCUUCCUUCAAGGAGAGACUGCUUAGUCCUGUUUAAUAGUUUCUAUUUUUUUUUUGCCUACUGCCCUAGAAGCCCUUCUUGAUUUCAGCAGACGCUUUCUCUGCUGCAUGCGUCUUACCAUGUGUUCUCUGCUCGCUACAGAGAUGGCAGAUUCCUAUUCCUACAAAGGCGGAAAGAAGUCCAGCAAAACCAGCGCCAGCAAAGACAGCAGCAGGACAGAGAUGAGGAUCAAUCCGAGCAACGAGCUGUCCAAGCUGGGAAACACAACCAGUGACAAGACAGAAGGCAGGAAGAAAGGGCGGCCCAAGGCAGAGAACCAGGCGCUCAAAGACAUCCCACUGACCCUGAUGAACCAGUGGAAGGACGAGUUCAAGGCCCACUCCAGGGUGAAGUGCCCCAAUUCAGGCUGCUGGCUGGAGUUCCCCAGCAUCUAUGGCCUCAAGUACCACUACCAGCGCUGCCAAGGGGUAAGAAGGACAGAGGGCGCCAUCUCGGAGAAGCUGACCUACUCUUGCCCCUACUGCGAAGCUGCCUUCACGUCCAAAACCCAGCUGGAGAAGCACCGGCUAUGGAACCACUUGGAUCGGCCGGUCCCGGCCUGCAAAGCCGAAAACAAAGUGCAGAAGUCUCUCAGCAAGAGCAGUGGCAAGAAAAGACCUGCUGAGAGCUCAGAUUCCCCAACCAUCCAUCCCAAACAGGCAAAGAUGGAGAAGGCGGCUGCCCGGGAGCCCCCCGAAAACGGCGAGUGUUUGGUGGCGGGCCGCAGGAGCAAGGAGUUCCAGAUCGCGGCGGCGGAGGCGGUGGCUGCAGCCACCCCGACGGGCAAGUCUUCGAGCUGCAAGGACCCCAAGCAGCAGGGAGGUCAGGCAGCCCUCCAGGAGGAGGACCCCGAGAGGAUGAAGCACAGAAGGAAACAGAAAACCCCUAAGAAAUUUACCGGGGAGCAACCGUCCAUCUCAGGGACGUUCGGACUGAAAGCUUCUCUCCAGUCCCGCUGUUGUAAACCGGGCACCGCUCCAGGUUCAUCCUCCUGCAUUUUAAAAACGCCCUCUCCCUCUUCAGGCCUCAUAAAAGCUGAGGACAAAGCAAAAGCACAUCGAGCCAAGAAGCUGGAGGGGAGCAGCAGCACGGACGAGCUGAAAAAGAAACCUCCAGGAGGCGGGAAAAAGGAGGCGGCUCCACACUUUCCAACAGUAAGCCCCGAGGAGCAGUGGCAGCGGGAGAUCAAUGAGAAAGGAGAAGUUGCCUGCCCCACCUGCGGCAUCAUAACCAGGAAAACCAUCGUGGGCCUCAAAAAGCACAUGGACGUCUGUCAGAAACUGCAGGAUGCCUUGAAAUGUCAGCACUGCAAGAAGCAGUUCAAGUCCAAAGCUGGCCUGAAUUACCACACCAUGGCAGAGCACGUCAACAAGGGCUGCACGGCCAACUUCUCCAGCCUGAUGGGCUACCAGUACCACCAGAAGCGCUGCGGGAAGCAGCCCGCCGAAGUAGAGAAGCCCGUGUUCACCUGCCCUCACUGUGGGAAGAAGUAUAAAUCAAAGGCCGGCCACGACUACCACCUCCGGUCGGAGCACCCCUCUUCGCCGCCCGAGGAGCCAGAGGUGAAACCCGAGGCCAACCCGGUAGAAGAUUUCGAGAGGACUCCGAGCGGUAGGAUCCGGCGCACGUCAGCCCAGGUGGCCGUCUUCCACCUCCAGGAAAUAGCCGAAGACGAGCUGGCCAAGGACUGGACCAAGCGGAGGAUGAAGGACGACCUGGUGCCUGAGACGAAGCGACUCAAUUACACCCGGCCAGGACUUCCCAAGUUAAAUCCGAGACUGCUGGAGACCUGGAAAAAUGAAGUGAAGGAGAAAGGACACAUCAACUGUCCCAACGACUGCUGUGAAGCCAUCUACUCCAGCGUCUCCGGCCUCAAGGCUCACCUGGCGAACUGCAACAAGGGAGACCACUCCGUGGGGAAGUACCGCUGCCUGCUGUGCCAGAAGGAGUUCAGCUCGGAGAGCGGAGUCAAGUACCAUAUCAUCAAGACUCACUCAGAGAACUGGUUCCGCACCUCUGCAGAGGCUUCCCGGAAAAAGAAGAGCAGGGAACAGAUUUCUUCCAGCAACGAGGAGAAAAAGGAAAGCACAAACGGGAAGAAAAGAGGCAGAAAACCCAAGGAAAGGCCCCCAGAACCGUCCGCCAAGGGCAAAGAGAGCGCGGCGGCAAAGACUAAUCACAAGAAACCCCCAGAGCCGUGGGAGAGCUCCAACUGCCGGCUUGGCGCGGAGGAGAGGGGCCCCAAGCCGCCCGGCAGCCGGAAAGCAGGAGCCAGCAAGAUGCCCGAGAAAUAAGAGGUUCCCGGACUGUCUCCAAGGAUUCGUUUACAACCCAGGGUAACGAGGCGGGGGCUGUGCCGGGUUUCCGUCCCCCUCCCCACACCUCCCUUUUUAAGAGAAAAAGAGGAAAACCACUUUAAGGAAAGUCACGGACCUUGUUUCACACUGGAAAAGAGAGAGGAAAGAGACUGCAAUUUUCUACCCAGCCUCUCCCCAUUUCCACGACCCCCCUCGCCCCCACGCUUGUGCACGCACACACGGGCUCCCGGCUUCCCUGCUGACACAUCUCUUCCCCUCCCCGCGCAGCGGGGAUCCUCGCUGCCCCCUCGCCCGUCACGUCUCCCGGCUCCGUGCACCAAACGGGUGAUGCUUGAGCGAAAGGCAAGUGCAAUAGCGCCGGGGUCCGCUCCUGUCCUGGGACUGCCUUUCAGUUUGCCGUAGCGAGGCAGGAUCCCGCUGCGUUUCCUUCUGGUGUGGGAUGGGGAGCGGGGCAAUGUCUUGUCUGACUCGGUCCAUCCUGCGCCCUCAGGAAGCUGCAGCGUGUGGAUCCCUUGCGAUGAUCUAGUGGCUUUGGGGUUUCUGAAGACUCAGUGGCUGGCAAGGCUUAGACAAGGGCCCAGGUCAUGAGUUGCAGGGAUUGACAGCAGGCAUCCAAGGCAGAGCCCGUACGCUGCAACGCAGUCGGAGGCUGGGUGGUAAUCCCGGGAACGAGCUGUGUGUAGCGCCGAGGUUUUAUGAAUGGUCCACGAGACUGUUGCAUGGGCUUCCUGGGUGCAUUUUGGAAGAUAGGGUCCUGCCAAGCCGUGAGCUGGCGCUGGGUUGGUUUCCUAGCCCCAUCUGCCUGGGGUAGUUUUCUGUUUGGUGCAUCAGGUAGGCAGGAUCAGGCCACAGGUAUCAGCAGAUAAGCUUGUUCACCACCCACCCCAGGAGCAAGGAGAUGGUAGUCCAUCUAUCUGUCUGUCUGCUGCAGCCAGGGCUGUUCUCAUGCCCGGCAGGGCAGCAUACAGGCCUUCAUGGGCCCGGAUAUGAAAAGAGGGAGGCUGGCGUUGUCAGAGAGGCUGAACUCGCCCAUCUCCAGCAGCAGUCAGCGGGAGCUGUGGGUGCUCAGCACGGCUGGGAGCCAGGCCCACUGGACCGCUCGAGGGAAAGGGGGGUUGCGCAGGAUGGUGGGGAGGGAGGAGGGAGAGGGGAAGGCAAUCUAUUCUGUUCUUUUCUGGUCUUUUAACUGAAAACAGGGCAAUGCAGAAUGGAUGUGAGCUCCCUGGGGCUCAAGGGAAGGGGUAAGAAGCCCUCUGAAAUGCUGAGAAAUGCUUCCAGGUUGGGUUUUUAGGGUUUUGAUUGUUUUAAUACCCCUUCAGACAAAACUACUGUAUCAAAUUGAUACUGAACUUCGGCUACAAAUAGUCCUUUAGUAAUAGAGCCGGGUGGAUAUUGCAGAACGCAGGCCCUUGGGUUCGCUCUGCUUGUGCCCAGGCCGGCAGGCGGGAGCGUCGGCAGACAAACGCCGCGGAGCGCAGGCUUUCGCGCUGCUUUAAACUGAAAAUCGCUCCAAAGAGCGACUGGUGAGCGCCCUGUUCAAUCAGAACAGCCAUCGGAGGCACCUGCCGUAGGCCGGGUAGGGUGAAAAAAUGGGACUAUCCAAUUCAUUUGAGAAAAGCGUUGUCUUUUGAGGUUAGAGAAAAAGGGCCAGCUGGUCAAAGGAGGCUUUCCGAGCGACUCGCCCCGCGCUCUGUUCGUUAGGCCCCUGAGACCUCAGCAGCCCCAACGUUGGCACGGGGUUGGCUUCAAGUGACAAUCAUGGGUCAGGCUUUACGGUCACGGCCCCGGUGACGCCAAGCUGAUGCUGCGGGUGGUUGAACACGCUGCACUUGGCCCCAUUGGGUGGACCAGGCCUGGGCCCAGGGGACAGGUCUCCGAUGCCCCGAAUGUCCCGUUGACCUUAGCUCUUCUUCACCCUCCCUCCCUGGUGAGGCGGGGUGGAUGCCUCUUUCCAUUGCAUUUUCCUUCGAAGACCUGCACUAACUUUGCAUCCAGAUUUCCCAGAGCCAGGACUGUCAGGAUGCCCAGUCUGGUCUGGAGGAAGAAUAAACCCCAGCCCAAAGCCCAUCUGCUUGCAGACACAAACCAGGCUACCUCUCUCCGUGGCCCAGAUGUGGCUCUUGCUGCAGCUGGCCCCCACAGCAGGUCUCGUGGAGCAGUUUUAUAACAUACUUUGCACUUGCUCAUGGGACAACAGCACCCACCUUGCACACCCUCCAUUCACCCCAGCCAGGGGGUUUGGUGGGUGAUAUUUCCCGGCGGGGGAGGGAAAACUGCUUAUUUAGCUAACAAAAGCCUU